UUUCUUUGCUUUCAGCAGACUUUCUGCAUUACGUGAAAUACUCGUGUAGUUUCCGGAAAUUUUCUUCUCUGUAAAAGCUUUUUCGAUCAUGUUGGCAGCACGAGCAGUUUUCAGGAGUCAAGCUCUGAGAAUCCUUGGCACCAGAAGCAUUGCUUUGCCUCCCAAUGAACCACCCACUAAUCUGGACAGAAACAGUGUUGACCUGAAGGAAUUAAAAGCAGAAAUUGAGAGAGUUCAAAAUGAAACUGUGGAAAUUCCAUGUAUUGUUGGCGGCAAAGAAAUCUACACUGGAAACACAAGAUACCAAGUGGCUGUGAGUCAAAUGCUUUGAUUUUUGUGAUCAACAAACAAGCAUUCUUAUUAU